AUGUAUUUAACUGAAUCUAUAGCAGAUUAUAUGCCCAGAGUUACAAAUCAUUCUCAACUAAUAAUAAUGAUAAUAACAUCAUCUUCAGGAGUAAUUGUUUCUCAUCCAAAUGUCAGUAAUGCGAAUUUCAUAGGGAAUUCUACCACGAAUAAUGAAGUAGAUGAUGAAGUUGAUAGAGACAGAUUUGAAAAAGUAUUAAAUGAUCUAGAGAGACCGUGUGUUUUAUGCAUACCAUUUCAUUAUGUAAGUAAAUUAUACACAAACAUUUUUGAUUGGAAUAUUCUAUCAGUGAUAAAGAAGAGAAUUUUUCAAUCAAAAUUAUCAUUUAAUGAACAUAGUGUUUUACAAAUAAUCUGUAAUAGUAUAAUUGGAUUAAUAUUUAGCAUAAUCAUAGGAUUUAUUGUUUAUGCUUUAUUCAUUGUCAUCUUGUUAGAGGAUAAUCGACAGACAGCAAUUCUAUUCACUGCUUAUAUUAUGAUGCUUUCAAUAGUUGUGUUAACCUGUUCACCUGAUAUUCAAUGUAUUGCCCUGAUCACUUUUAUCUAUUCAACUACAAAAAGUUGUAUAAGAUGCUUACUACUCUUAUAUACAACAAGUUUAUGUUGUAUCAAUGGAUCAGGUUUAAAUAUUUUGUAUAAUUUUGACAAUUUUCAUAAUUAUUUCACCUGUAUCAUAUCACUAAUCAAUAUAAAUAUGAUGAUUAUAAAGAAAUUUAAUAAUUCCCCAUUCAAUGUGUUAAAUGUUUCAAUUGAACAUGUAAUCAAUGAAAUCAACUCACGUCUAUAUAAUAUGCGAGCAAUACUGUCAAGUAUUCACCUAUCCAUCUUACACUUGAUUACAACUAUACAGAAUAAUGUUGCUUGGAUUGAAUCUAUUCUAGAUGAUUCAGCAUCAUCAUGUAAAAAUACUGAUGAUGUAUUACGGAAUUUAUGUAGACGUUUUUUAAAUAAAGCCUAUUUAAUGUGUAUUGAUGAAUUGAGCACAGUUAGCACAUUUUGCAGUCAUUUAAAGUAUUUCUCAAUGAAUAUGUGCUCUGAAUCCUCGUCAAUGACUGAUGAAUGCCAGAAAUAUAGUAGACUUAUUGAAAGUGAUAUAAAAAUUGAAUGGAAAAAGAAUGUUACUGAAGCACAAAUGGAGAAAAUAUUAAACAUGAUCGGAAGAAGUAACUUAACACUGAUCACAAAGUUUGAUGACUACUACCCUGAGGUGACCAAUAAUAAUGAUAAUAAUAAUAAUCAAAUGAAUGAUGUAAUUGAUAGUUUAUUGAGGAUACACUCAACUGAUUUCACAUAUCAAGUUGAACAGGCUAAAAUAAUUAUUUACUGGAUUCUAUUUGUAUACUCCUUCUUCACUAUGAUCCAGUUAAUUAUUAAAGCGGUUAGCUUUAGAAAUUCUUGGCUAAGUAAUAUCACUUUUGAUAAUAAUUAUAUCACUCAAGCAUUUAUUACACAGGAGAAACGAGCAGUGAUACAAGGUUUAAUUCCAACAUUACCAUUAAUUAGGAAUGAAGCAAAUAUUUAUAAAAAGCUGACAAGUUUCAGUUGGACUAAAGAUGAAGUGAGUAGAUUGAAAAAGCUGAACAUACUUCACAUCAUAUGGAUAUUUCUAAUCAUAGCCAUUAUGAUGAUUGAUUAUGCUGUACACAAUGCUCUAUAUUCAGUAGCAUCAGUCUUCUCAGCAGACCCUGUUCCAUCCACACCAGCAUCAAUUCACAAUGAUUAUGAUUAUUAUGGAGCAGAAUAUGAUCACACACAGACUGUGCCACAUCAUACAAUUAUUAAAGGUGAUACGUUCUAUGCAAAUAUAGUAAAGAGUAUGAUCAGUCUAUUAAUUCCACUAAGGGAUAAACUGGUCAAUAUUGAUGCUACAAUCUGUCAGCCAAAAUCGAAUCCACCGAAUCCGACAAAUAAUGCAGUAAUUAUAUUAUUACUGUUUUUGAUAAUUAGCAGUGUUCUGUUUGAGGUGUAUGCUUUGAGACUGUGUCAUGUAAUCAUGAUAUGGUACUAUCCAGAAAAAUCAGAGCAAAGAGCUUCAUGGUUACGCGCACAUAUAAAAAAUAAUCGUCAACUCCUUCAUGGUUUAAAACAUAUAUCAAGAGUACCAGUUGGUCGACCUAGUAGCAGAUUUUGCACUAAAUCACUUCUUCGAAGACUUUUGAUGAGUUAUCCAAAAGUGAAGGCUGUGUUUCGUGUCUUUGGUAUCAGACGUGUUUUAUGCGCUCUCUGUAGUGUGGAGCAGAACCCAUCAAAUGAACAGAAGUUGAGAGAGAAUUUUUAUCAAUGUCCUGAGUGUAGUGUAUACUUCUGUCCGUCUUGUCAGCUUCAUCUCGAGCAUAUCUGUUCAGUGUGUUGUACACCACUGUUCGUAAAAGAUACUCAGAUUGACUUUGAAGAAUAUUCAACUGAUGAAGAGCAUAUGGCAAUGAAUUCAUUGUAUUUUCAAAGAGCCGACCAAAGUCGAGGUCAGUUGACUAGUGGAUCAACAGUGAUUAAUCCAAUUACUUCUAGAUUGUAA